AUGACUUCUUGCGCCUUAACACAGUUAGAUGUCCCGACCCUUAUUCACACUGAGGCGAAGGAACACCCAUCCAAAAACAACAAGACUCCCUAUCAUAUCCGACCCCACAGAUUGAACCAAUUCAUUCAUAGUAAUUAUUUCUGGGGUUUGGGAUCAUUUAAACGGCCAGAUACUCUAUUCGCCGUGCCUUGCUCAGGGUAUGCAGAGGCACGCACGAUCUUACCAGAAGGACCAUCAAUAAAUUGGCACCCUGUACUCGAAAAAGCAUUCAACAAGUUACAAGUAGUCUUCGAUGAAGUCGAAGCACUCAAUACGCAAGAACCCAAAACAGCAAUCGCCGAAAUAUCACUGUCGAGUGAACUCCAAGCCUGGCGCAAAGAGCAACAUAAAGCAGGUCGAGUUCUACCAUCCAAAGGAUACGGGCUCACGAGAGCGUCGGAUACAGUCAUUGACAUUCUGGGCGUAAGAGACUGGCCACCGCCGCUUUUGACAAACGCCGCUCUAUUCGGGUCGGGGUUUGCGAAUUUUCUCAUCGGCGCGUAUGAUCCUGAAGUGCUAUUCUCCAACUACUGCGUGGACAUGGGCUUCUUUUACGAGCAUGGCUACAAUAAAGUCUUUCCAGAAUAUGAACCUGUUAUUAGAUGGGCUGCAACAGAUGCACAUGCAAUGGCCACAGUUGGAGGCACAGAACGCAGAACGGCAGCGGAAAUGGGGCUGAAAUACAUACGCAGAAAGAUAGCAUUGGAGGAUGAGUCCAUUGGAAAUCUAUCCAACAAGACGGCCAAGAUGACGCGCAAGGAAUCCCUGGCAGUCAACUUUUGCGAAUGCAGCCUGCUGGGUAUGGCGGCGGAGCUGCUGGCUCACGGCAGCGACAGAGGCGCAGUUAUCAACGACUUUGCCUUUGGGUCGCCUGGCACCGAUGUCAUCGACGUCGGCUCGGAUAUACAUAACUCGGAGCUGUUCAAUAGCUUCCUUAACACCGGCGAGAUCACCGAAGAAGGCAUCGUUACAGAAGACGCCCUGAGACGCGUGUACGAUGCGUACGCACACAGUUCGGCGAGAAUGUUUACCGAGAGAUGGUCAGAGCCUGGGGUGAGAAUGUGCUCCAUGCUCUUCACUUGGCAUAUUCAGAAUAACCGGCAUGAUUUCCUACGACGAGCGGUUCUAGGUUAUUGCAAAGUGCGCAACGAUCGCAGCACCGGCCAGAGAGAAGCCGACAUUGACGAGGUUUUUGAUGAAGAUUUACACACAACAGGAUUUAGUCGUCCACUGAAGGGAUCCUGCAAUGGGGAGGCUGUUUGCGACCAAGUCCAUGAGAGACUUGAGCGCUCGCAUGGAGAUCCGUUGUUGAAAGAGCUCUGGCACUACCUUGGUGAAGCACCUGUGGACUACGCUUCUCGAGGACUUGUCGAUCCCAACAAGGAGAAUGAGCUGGCAGAGGGCUCGCGCAUUGCCAUGGCACGAGCAUAUUCGUAUGGACUGGCCGAUGACUUGGCGUGGUUUCUGGCGCACGCGAGCCAGCAUGCCUGGCAGGUGAAUUACCUAUUUGAGGCAGCCAUGUUUGGCAGUCUGCUUGAUGAUGGCGGCUUGAAGGGGCAGCUAGACAGGUUUACGUAG